UCACCGUGACCUCUACUACUGUUGAAAAUACUUGGUGGCGGCGCUGCAAACAUUUUGACGAUGUAAACCGCUCUGGUGGACGCGGUGCAACCUUAUCGAAAAUAACUCAUUCAUUUUGUACUUAAACGUCGCAAGAAGGGCUUAUGUGCUCCUCGCCGUGUCAUCUCCGAUUCGGAGUGCUCUGUGUUGUCGGCGUUGAGCAGCCUGUUUCAGCUGCACUGCAUCAACAUGGGUGUGAUCGGUGUGCAGCUGGUGGUUACCAUGGUAAUGGCCAGUGUGAUACAAAAAAUCAUACCUCAUUAUUCCUUUGCAAGAUGGCUACUUUGCAGCGGGAGUCUGCGGUGGUAUCAGCACCCUACGGAAGAUGAGUUGAGGAACCUUGCGGGGAAGCAGAAGGGACAGAAGAGGAAAGACAGGAAGUACAAUGGUCACAUAGACAGCAAGCCGCUAACGGUACCCAAGGACAUCGAUCUUCAACUCGAGACAAAAUACAUCACUGAGGUCGACACGUUAGCAUUGCACUACUUCCCCGAGUUCCAGUGGCUGGUUGAUUUCACGGUAGCGGCGACUGUGGUCUAUCUAAUAACGGAGCUCUACUACAGUGUGGCUCAACCCUCAGGAGAGAUGAACAUCAGUGUUGUCUGGUCCAUGCUCGUGCUCGCCUUUGUGGUCAAGAUUCUCUUCUCUCUGACAACUCACUACUUUAAGCUGGAGGAAGGAGGCGAGCGCUCCCUCUGCAUAACAUUCGGCUUCUUCUUCUUCGUCAAAGCCAUGGCCAUUCUCAUCGUUACGGAGAACUACCUGGAAUUUGGUCUGGAAACCGGUUUUGCCAACUUCUCUGAUAGCGCACUGCAGUUCCUGGAACACCAAGGCUUGGAGUCGCAGGGUCCCAUUUCAAAACUUACCUUCAAGCUAAUCCUCGCCUUCCUCUGCGCUCUGAUCGGAGCCUUUUUAACCUUCCCAGGUCUGCGAUUGGCCCAGAUGCACCUCGACGCCCUCAAUGUGACCACUGCCAAAUUUACGCAAACUUUGCUUCAUAUCAAUUUCCUGUCGCCGCUCAUCAUGGUCCUGCUUUGGGUGAAGCCCAUCACCAAGGACUACAUCAUGAACCCCACCCUGGGAAAGGACAGCUCGCCUUUGAUGGCUGAGCAGACGUACGACACGCUGCGGUUAUGGGCCAUCAUACUGAUGUGCGCGCUGCGGCUGGCCAUGAUGAGGCAUCAUUUGCAGGCCUACCUCAACCUGGCGCAGAAGGCGGUGGAGCGGAUGAAGAAGGAGGCGGGGCGAAUAAGUACCGUCGACCUGCAGAAGAUGGUUGCACGUGUUUUUUACUACUUAUGUGUAAUCGCACUACAGUAUGUGACACCGCUGGUGAUGUUGCUGCACACGACUUUGCUGCUAAAAACCUUAGGUGGACACUCAUGGGGAUUCCAUGUUGAAGAAGAGCUGCCUUGCACCCAUCAGAUGGACUCUGCAUCAUGGGAAGCAACAAUAGCGCCCCCGGUGGCGGAGGCGGGAGCGCGGUCCUCCGUCGCCCAACUCUCCGUAGCCCUGGGGGGACUGAAGACCGUCUUCAGCCCUUUACUUUUCCGGGGCCUCUUCUCUUUCUUCACGUGGUGGAUCGCUGCCUGCCUGUUCUCCACCUCCCUCUUUGGCCUCUUCUACCAUCAGUAUCUAAUGGCGGCGUAAAACAUGACCCCCCCCCCGCCGCACUGACUCGCCAUAUCAUCGGAACUAUCGGUUUGACUCCCAGUGCUUCCUCCGCAGAUGACAACUGUGUGGUUUUUCCAUUCACUCCUUUUUAUUCACAUUACAAGAUUCCUUACAUUUCGUAACGAUCACAAACACGUGACUGACAAAGUAACAACGGUGGUUAAAGACUGUAUAUCAUGCUGGACAUUUAUUCUUUUUUAUUUUUUUUCACACUCUCCUACAGUUAAUUACAAGGAAGUAUUUUUGUUUUUUUGACUGAGUUAUGGCGGCGAACUUGUUGGGUGCAAGACACGCACCUAAAGAGACACUGAGCUGAGCUGCUCUGUCCAAAAGUGUUUGAAAGAGUCUUAAAGCGACGGCGUAUGACGGAGGAGCCAAUCGGCCGGCAUUCGAUCGCUUGAACGUGUCCAAAAGAAGUUCAAGACGUUGAAGACGUUCCAGAAGAUGUUGAAAGAGGCAACGUGACCUCUUGUUUUUUUUUUAAUAAAUAUGAAACUGAGCCAUUUUGAAACAAGCGCGGAGCUCUUUUCAAGCAGUUUUCAAACUGUUUUCAGAAGGGGAGGGGCCGUGCUCAGAUGAGCUGUUUGCAUGCACGGAGGAGGGCAAGAUGUGUCGCCUACUGUUGUUGAUGCGAAAAUGCCUUUUAUGUUUUUCUUCCCUUGAUUGUUUUGCUAACUCUAAUCACUUUUUUUUUUCCUCCCCUGUUUGAGUUUUUCUAACAAAUCAAGUUGAUUGGUGCCAAGUGUUCCCAUGCCUGUCUCAAACCACAUCUCCACCUUAAGGGCCUUACAGUUCAUGAAGAAUUGUGUGUGUGUGUGUGUGUUUUUGUAUGCACAAAUCAAGACCGAAGUGUAUUUCUUGACAAAGCUAAUACAGAUGUCCAAAGCUUUCGAAAAAACAGGGCACAAUGUCUUUGUGUCCUUCGCUACCUUUGUUUCGUGGAACGUUCACUUUUCCCACGGGAGACAACUGAACAUAUUUUGACUUUGACAAAUGGGGAAACAACGAAUGUAUCAAGCCUGCCUGAAUUGGAUGUGAUUCGUUUUUCUUUUGAACCUCUCCACACUUCCUUUUAGUCAUUCUGCUACAAACUUAAUGCGGUCGCAAUUUGAUGUCCUAAUGACUGUUUUACUGAUCUUUUUGUUGUAUUUAUUAAAGACGUCUAGGCCUGUAAACAUAUUGACUUGAAUCACUUUUGUACAUGUUACGACAAUUCAAUUUCAUCUUUUUCUUUUUGCGCGGCCUGUUCGGUUGGGAAGUAGCUGGGAUAAUUUCAGGCGUCGCUUUUCUUCUGUCCAGUGCCGCUAAAAAUUUAGCUUUUAUUCCAUUUCAUGGAUUCAUAAAGUAAUGUACUGAUGUUGCUCCCGUAUGUAUUUAUUUCAGCAUUGGAAUUUCUCCUUCAAUAAAUUAUGUUCUUUUCUUUGUG